AUGGGGUCGGGCAGCUGCCUGGGCAAGUUCAUGGCAGAGGCAAAGGUGCAGAGGUGGGUGCGGCUGCUGGUGGCGGAUUUCUUCGCUGAAAGGUCCAGAAAGCCCAAGCCUAGAAGCCGGGCGAGAGGCACAGGCGGAGGCGGCCCGACUUGGGCGGCCCGGGAGCGCGCGUCUCAGAGGCCGCGCGGGGUCCCCCCCAGUCUGGAGCUCAGAGGGCGCCUGCAGCCUGCCGCGCGCGCCGGCUCUCGGGCGGGAGCGGCCGCCCGGCGCGCAGCUAGGAACCAGCGAGCCGGACCCGCGUCCGUGCGGGCCAGCCGGCGGCGGCGAGGGCGGAGGCGGCCGAGGCGCCCCGGGCUCCGGGACCAGGCAUCUCGGCUCCGGGACCCGGCGCCGGAUCGCGCCUCUAGCCUCCCCAAAGCCCCUCCACGGCCGGCGCGCUCCCCGCGCACCCGAGCCGGGAGACGGUCACUAGCCGCCCGGACGGGACUCGGGGCAGGGUCUCCGCAAGCCUCCGAAGAACUUCUUGGGGGUGGGGGGCGGGUCCCCGGUGCCCCGUGGCCCCGGCGGCCGCUAUUGUCUGCGCGCGGCGCUCGGCGGCGGCCCGUCGGCGCCGAGGACGCGGCCAGGCCGGCGGCCGCCUGCGAAGGAAGUUUCCUGCCGGCCUGGGUGAGCGGCGUGCCCAGAGAGCGGCUCCGCGACUUCCAGCACCACAAGCGCGUAGGCAACUACCUCAUCGGCAGCAGGAAGCUGGGCGAGGGCUCCUUCGCCAAGGUGCGCGAGGGGCUGCACGUGCUGACCGGAGAGAAGGUGGCCAUCAAGGUCAUUGACAAGAAGCGAGCCAAGAAAGACACCUACGUCACCAAAAACCUUCGGCGAGAGGGGCAGAUCCAGCAGAUGAUCCGCCAUCCCAACAUCACCCAGCUCCUCGAUAUCUUAGAGACGGAGAACAGCUACUACCUGGUCAUGGAGCUGUGCCCUGGGGGCAACCUGAUGCACAAAAUCUAUGAGAAGAAGCGGCUGGAGGAGGCGGAAGCGCGCAGAUACAUCCGGCAGCUCAUCUCUGCAGUGGAGCACCUGCAUCGGGCCGGGGUGGUCCACAGAGACUUGAAGAUAGAAAACUUGCUGCUAGAUGAAGACAAUAAUAUCAAGCUGAUAGACUUUGGUUUGAGCAACUGUGCAGGGAUCCUGGGCCAUUCCGACCCAUUCAGCACGCAGUGUGGCAGUCCUGCGUACGCCGCUCCCGAACUCCUUGCCAGGAAGAAAUACGGCCCUAAAAUCGAUGUCUGGUCCAUAGGUGUGAACAUGUAUGCCAUGCUGACCGGGACCCUGCCUUUCACGGUGGAGCCUUUCAGCCUGAGGGCCUUGUACCAGAAGAUGGUGGACAAGGAAAUGAACCCGCUCCCUGCCCAGCUCUCCACAGGAGCCGUGAACUUCCUGCGUUCUCUCCUGGAACCAGAUCCCGUGAAGAGGCCCAACAUUCAGCAGGCACUGGCAAAUCGCUGGCUGAAUGAGAAUUACGUGGGCAAAGUGCCGUGUAACAUCACCUAUCCCAACAGGAUCUCCCUGGAAGACCUGAGCCCCAGCGUGGUGCUGCACAUGACCGAAAAGCUGGGCUACAAGAACAGCGAUGUGAUCAACACCGUGCUCUCCAACCGCGCCUGCCACAUCCUCGCCAUCUACUUCCUCUUAAACAAGAAGCUCGAGCGUUACUUGUCAGGGAAAUCUGACUUCCAGGACAGCGUCUGCUACAAGACCCAGCUCUACCAGAUAGACAGGGGCAGGCCCACCAAGGAGCCGUAUGAGGCCUCCCUGGACACCUGGACAAGAGACCUUGAAUUUCAUGCUGUGCAGGAUAAAAAGCCCAAAGAACAAGAAAAAAGAGGAGAUUUUCUUCAUCGACCGUUUUCCAAGAAGCUGGACAAGAACCUGCCGUCGCACAAACAGCCGUCGGCCUCGCUCAUCACGCAGAUUCAGAGCACCAGGGCCCUGCUCAAGGACCGUAAGGCCUCCAAGCCUGGCUUCCCCGACAAAGAUUCCUUUGGCUGCCGCAAUAUUUUUCGCAAAACCUCGGACUCCAAUUGUGUGGCCUCCUCCUCCAUGGAGUUCAUCCCCGUGCCACCCCCCAGGACCCCCAGGAUCGUGAAGAAACCAGAGCCCCCUCAGCAGGGGCCUGGGAGCACCAGCCUCCCCGUCAAGGAAGACCCCCUGCUGCUGGAUAUGGUGCGCUCCUUCGAGUCCGUGGAUCGCGACGGCCAGACGGACCUGCUCUCCCCGUCCCAUCACUACAGGAUUCUGAACUCCCCUGGGGGUCUGGCUCGCUGUGAGCGGACACUCUCGCCCAUCCUGCUGCCCGGAAGCCCGUCGCCUCUCCAAACUCCUUUGCACCCCACUCUGGUCUCCUUUGCUCAUGAAGAUAAGAACAGCCCACCCAAAGAGGAGGGCAUGUGCUCCCCAGCCCCGGGGCCCGGUAACGGCCCUGUGCAACCCCUGGGGAGCCCCAACUGUGUCAAGAGCCGAGGCAGGUUCCCCAUGAUGGGCAUUGGACAGAUGCUGAGGAAACGGCAUCAGAGCCUGCAGCCCCCUGCAGACAGGCCCCUGGAGGCCAGCGUGCCCCCGCUGCAGCCCCUGGCCCCCACAAGCCUCUCCUUUGACUUGGCUGAUGGGGUCAAAGGCCAGUGCUAACCUGUGCCGGCAAAGGGGAUCCGGGCGUUUCUAAGAAAAGCAGUGCAAAUCCGCCAGGGUGCGGAGACUCUCACGCCUCUCCUGGAGCACGCUUCACAGCCUCACCUCCUCCUGACACUCACUGUCCCUACAGCUGAAGCCCACAGACCCAGAGCCUGUACGGCCCGGUCUCAUGUAGGGUCCCCACUGGAGACUCCCAGGAGGGUUGGCUGUCCGUGCGGCCAACUCCGUCAACCAUGGCCUCCUUCCUCCCGCCUGCUCACUGGCCCUCCACCCCCCUCCCUCAGCCGGGCUGCAGGGAGAACCCUGCACUGGCCGGCCUGCCCAGACGAUACGCCCUUCUGAGCUGUUUCUCCACUGUGCUGUGUGUGCCUUAGUGGAUUGGUCUCAUAUCAGCACUCACAUGGCAAUGGAGGCACAGCGUGGUUCGCCCAGGCCACAGUUUCCCCUGCUGUGAUAGAGGGAACUCCCUGCAGGGUGGCAAGAGCUGGUCACCCAGAGAACCCAGCUUCAGGAAGCCCUGGGGAAGAUGGGCAGGAAGCUUAGAAACCAGCAUCACCCACUCCGAUCGGGUCCAAGACUGAUCCCCACAGUGGGGUCCCCAGUGAAUGGAAAGGACCAGUGUGGGACACUCAUUUGCCAAGCCGGGUCUUGAUGGAAUUUUUUUUCACUUGGUUGAAACUUGCUAACAGUUGAAUUAUUAGUAUCUUCUCCAAAGGUGAUUGUUCUUUAUGUGAUGUCGUUAAAUCGAGUCAACAUGAUUUUUAGAAACCUGGGUGGUGAGAUGGGAAGUGAUUUCACUAAACUCCUGUUCUCACAAGAGGAUGAGCAUGGAGCCCAUCAAGGCUUGCCCAGGCAAUAUUUUUAGUGGCGCUGGCCCGUGGUGGCCUGCAGGAGGGGACGUGAUCCUAGCUGGCCACCUGUCCUUCCCAUCAGAUCAACAGAGCCCAGAUCCUUCUGGAAGGUGCAGAGCAUAGUUACAGUCAGUUAUUUAGAAAGAGAAGACAGGUAAGGUUGAAUAUGGACGUGCCCGGAAGGCACCAUUAGCUCUGUGCAUUGCAGUGUUCAAGCUGCUAAGGAAACAAGUGUGGGUUAGAGCUCAGCCAGUUUGCUGUGAGCAGUGAAAGGCUCGUGUGGAGGGACUCACGUUCAAAAUACAGUACUGUAUCUUCUUUGAGGAAAGCAGUGUUCCUCAAACAAGGCUUUGAAUCUGUGGUCGGUUUUCACACCUUUUGCCAAGGAUGGAACCAAAGAUGCACCUCUGGGUCUGUGUCCGUGCCGUCCCUGUGUAUGUGUUUUGUGGACCCCACUGUUGUCUGACUGUGUCUAGUUUGGAGCCUGCCAGGAGCUGUCUCCACUGGGGCCGGGGCCCUGGCCCUUGGUGGGGACCACUCGGCCAUGAACAGAAUUGGCAAAAGAAGAAUCGGCACAGGUUGGAUGCAGGUCAGCUCACAGACAGGUUCCACUGUGGCUUGGCGUCUUCAACUGCUGGCUGGUGCGGGUGUGACCAGAAACCGCUGCUGGGGCCACCUCAGGGCUAGUCCUCGCAGCCCACUGAUCCGAAAGAAGUCCAUGACCCUGGAGCCUUGCAAAGCCCGCCUUCACUUCCGCCAGCAGCCAGCCUGUGCCAGAGAGCGGUGAGGGUGGGUCUUCCUUUCUUCUCGUUCCGCACUGGUGACCACCUCCUGCCCCAGGUGUCCCUGAGUGAGCGAAAAGGGGGGGACACCUGGCCGUGCCCAGCCUUGGCUGAUCUUGACGAGACCCGGGGCGGCUGCUCCCCUCGCCUUGUUGGGGAUCAACCUAGCCCUGGGGCUUGUUGGGAGGAGGUCAGACUCCCCACUGUGGUUGGCACCCAUUUGGAUGGCUCCAGACCAGGUUCUGGAACUUUCCAUUGAAAAAUAGAGCUUUUUUAAUUUUUUAAGCAGAGGGAAGAAAAGCAGCAGCUGAGAAGUCCCUCUCUCCAUUUGACACGGAGUGCUGAGUGUUUGAUCGGUGAAGAAGCCUCUUUGAAGAUGGUUUCCAGCUGCAAGUGUGGCUCCGCAGGCUUGCAGGCUGCUUGCCCGCGAACUUGGUCUAAGCUCUUAUGUCUCUCUCGUGUGUUCUACCGGCCUCGAGACCAUGAGCGUUUCUGCGUCGCUGUGUUUGCCUGCUGGGGCGUGUUCUCCGAUCCUGGCACGCUUCCAGACAGCUGACUGUCUGUAUCACCACUGGCAGCUUGAACUGUGAACUCAGGUUUAUUCCAAGCCCAGUGAGAGGUGAGGGGGCCAGUGAGGAAGGGGAGAACCCGUGUUUUGCGUGUGUGAGGAGCUGACAAAUCUAUGGGAUUGAGUGAGAGGAGAAAUGUUGAGUUCUUUAUUAUUUUAUUAUAUUUAUAUGGAGACCUUGAGUAUCCCUUUGGUAAGUACAGAGCGUGUUUUGUCUCUUGGACCCAUGGCUGUCUCUUGUUAGUCUGCACCCGUGAGCUUGGCCAGCCUGUGUGCGGUUACUGCCGGAAGUGACGACUUUCAUCGUGUGGUAUCCGGAAGCCAGGGUGGCUUUGGUUGUACGGUUUGGUCAUAAGUAAGGACUGUAUUUAUGUCACCUUUAUGAAAUAUAUGUACUUUUAUAACGACUGUGAAAUACACUUUUCCCUCACUA